AUGGAUUCAACAUUUAAUUUUGACCAAACAUACAAUGAAUUCAAUGUCACUAAUCUUUCAACUAUUCAACACUUGACCUGUCCUUCAUGUCAUAUAACUCUAACUAAUUCAAGACACCGGUCUAUGUGUCCAUUUUGUGGCAGUUUUUAUAAUCCAAACGUUGAAUUAGAUAUUGGAUUGAGAAGUGAUUCGAGAAUUCUUCGUCCAAAUUCACACCAAAAUAUUCUUCAUUUACCACCAAUUGAUUCUCGGCAACAUUUACUAAGGGUUACCGGAUUUGGUCCAUUAAUUACAGAUGGUUUGGGUGUAAUUCAUACUUAUAUAACUGGUCUUUUAUUUCCGCCUCAUAUUGAUGAUGAGUCGUCCAAUUUAUUGAUAUCAUUGCCUCCAAUAAAUAAUUCACAUUCAGAUUUAGCAAUUAAUGAUAAUAUAAAUGAUAAUCAAUUUAUGACAAAUUCCUCUAAAACACAAAAACUUUUGAACCAAUCUUUAGAAAGUUCGCAAUUUUCUUAUAGUAAUAAAUAUUUGUCGACACCUUUUCAUUAUCCGAAACGGGAUUUCACAUUAAAUGAUUUCAAAAAUCUAUUGACAAUAUCGUGUGAAAGUGCAGAUUACACACAAUUACAUGAUUUUUAUGAACAAACGUUUAGUUCAAAUAUUGAAUUAAAUGCAUUAUUUAAAGUGAAUGCCAAUCAAAGUGAUGCAAAAUCACAUGAUCCAGAAAUUAAUAUCAUAUUUUUAUAUACAGUUUAUGAUGAACUAAAUAAUCUGCCUUCAUUUAUAAGUAAAACAGUUUUGAAAGGAGUAAUUGCAUCGCUUUCAUCAACCGAACCAUUGAAAUCUAAAGAUGAAAUUCGUGCAAUAUUUAUGUUAUUGCAGAAUCCCAUAUUUAGUAAUCAAUCUUCAUAUAAUGUUUUCGCACAUUUACUUAAACGUGUGGUUAAUCUGAACAGUGGUGAUCAUCAGUUAUUAAUUAAUUGGUUUUCAAAAUUACAAAGUGACAAAUUGAAAGCUUUAGUCAAAAAUGUGUUGCAAUUCAUAACAAUUCGUGAGUUUCCACCAAAUAAUGGCCACAAAUUGCCGACAAUUAAUAAAAGCAAAUUUUGGAUACCCUGUGCAACCCGUGUAUUAGCACUUCUCAAUGCGGCUAAUAAUAAGAUGAAUCCCAAUGUUGUAAAUUAUACUGAAUUUUAUAACUAUGCUUUGGAUCACAUAAAUCUUAUGUCUGAAUAUUAUCGCUGGCAAAACCCAUCAAAAGUCAAUCGAUUUUCCUAUUGUCAAUAUCCAUUUAUCUUAAGCAUUGUGGCCAAGAAAACAAUUUUGCAAAGAGACUCUGAACAACAAAUGAUAUUAAAUGCUCGGCAAAGUUUAUUAAAUCGAGCCAUUCAUCAGCAAAUGGCAGACAUUGAUGUCUUUUUUCUUAAUCUAAACAUUCGCCGAUCAAAUCUUGUAAUCGAUUCAUUAAAUGAAAUCGCUAAAAAGCAAAGUGAUCUUAAAAAGAAACUAAAAGUGACAUUCAUUGGUGAACCGGGACUUGAUAUGGGAGGACUCACUAAGGAAUGGUUUUUAUUGUUAAUUAAACAAAUAUUUCAUCAGGAUUAUGGUAUGUUUGUCUAUCACAAAAAAUCCCGGUGUUAUUGGUUUAGUACUGUUCAAAAUGGAAAUCUUAGAGAAUAUAAUUUAAUAGGAGUUUUAAUGGGUUUAGCAGUCUAUAAUUCAAUAAUACUUGAUCUUCAUUUUCCAACACUUUGUUUCAAAAAGUUAUUGAGUCCACCGGUAGUACCACUGGAUAUAGACAGGUCUCCGGUAGGCAUGUGUAACGUAACUAUGGAUGACUUCACUCAAGUUAUACCCGACGUAGCAAUUGGUCUCAAAGAGUUAUUGGCUUAUGAAGGAAAUGUUGAAGAAGACUUUUGUAUGAAUUUUCAAGUUUCAGUUGAGGAAUUUGGUGAAGUGAGGACACAUAUACUUAAGCCCAAUGGACACAACAUUAUAGUUAAUAAUGAUAAUAGAUUUGAAUUCGUUAAGUUAUAUAUGGAUUUAAUACUAAAUAAGGCUAUAUUUCAAGCGUUUAAAGCUUUUUAUUUAGGAUUUCACAGCGUUUGUGCUUCAAAUGCGUUAAUUAUGUUAAGACCAGAAGAAGUGGAAGUGUUAGUCUGUGGCUGUCCUACCAUUGAUAUGGAAGAGUUAAGAAAAGCUACCGUUUAUGAAGGAUAUCUUGAAAAUGAACCAAUCAUUAGAUAUUUUUGGGACACCGUUAAGUCAUUUUCCAUAGACAUGCAAAAAGACUUUUUACGAUUUGUCACUGGAAGUGAUAGAGUGCCCAUCAAUGGCAUGAGUGACAUGAACUUCAAAAUAUCUGCACUUAAUAGCAAUACUGAUAUGUUACCCAUAUCUCACACAUGUUUUAACCAAUUAGUAUUACCCCGAUAUUCAACACAAGAGUUAUUGAGAGAGAAGUUAAUUGUUGCCAUCAAUAAUGCUGAAGGAUUUGGUCUCGAGUGA